GAGUCACUUUCAGUUUCGGGCAUUGUGGGAAGGCAGGAUGGGCGGCGGGGCGCGCACCUGACACUGAGGGGGGAGCCGGGGCGAGCCGCCCGGAGCAGUGACCAUGAUACGCUUUAUACUGCUGUUCAGCCGACAAGGGAAAUUAAGACUGCAGAAGUGGUACAUAACGUUACCUGACAAAGAGAGGAAAAAGAUCACACGGGAAAUUGUUCAGAUUAUUCUGGCUCGCAGUCAAAAGAUGAGCAGUUUUGUCGACUGGAAAGACCUAAAGCUAGUUUACAAAAGGUAUGCUAGUUUAUAUUUUUGCUGUGCAAUAGAAGACCAGGAUAAUGAGCUGCUGACACUAGAGGUUGUUCAUCGUUAUGUAGAACUACUGGACAGGUAUUUUGGAAAUGUGUGCGAGCUGGAUAUUAUCUUUAAUUUUGAAAAGGCUUAUUUUAUUCUUGAUGAGUUUAUAAUGGGUGGAGAAAUACAAGAAACAUCAAAGAAAUCAGCAGUGAAAGCCAUAGAAGAUUCUGAUAUGUUACAAGAGACAAUGGAGGAAUAUAUGAACAAACCUGCAUUUUAACUUUAAAACCUCUUGGAGGGACAGAGAUGCUGCUUCCUAUCUGUAAAAUUCACUUGUUGAAAUUGCUUUUCUAUGUGCCAGAGCCUCUGAGAAAUACCAAAAACCAAUAACUAAAGGGAUUUGUAUAGUAGUCAAAAUGAAGGUCAGCUCCAAUAGUGUAUAUUGUUCUAUAUAGGAGUUUCUUAAAAGUGUUAUUACACUUAAUCUAGCCACUAUCCUCCUCCUAGACUAAAAACUAGUUUUUAUACAAUGGCUUUUAGCUAUGAACUUUUUCAGUCUAAGAAAAUAUUUGCAAAAGAUAUUUAUACUAGUUUUAGUCCAUCACUGAUUGCAUCAGUAUACUUUUGUAAUAAUAUAUUUUUUGAAUGUAAUGAUUAUUCUGGUCUAAUAAUAAUAAUUUUUCUUAAAAGCUG